CAUAUAUUGAUCUCUUCCUCUCCUCCUCCUUUUCUCUUUGUUUGGAUGGAAAAAAUUUGGUUCAUGAUUAAGUCAUGAUUAUUCGUAUCUAUUCAAACUUUUUCCUUCUUAUUCUUUUAGGCAUAAGUUUGUAUGGCUCCAUCUCAUCACCCAAAAGUGUCUUUGUGUGUUGAGAGUUGUGUAAACCUCAGGGAACGAAUCGGUGAAUACAAUUAUGCACCCCGGUUGCACCGAAUCUCGUUUUCAAGGCAGUGGUUUGGUUACCACGGCGCAACAAUUUCCUAAACUCAUUCUUAUUCUUAUUCUAGUAUUUGCCUUGAAAAUCCAAUUAUUACAACACUACUUAUAUGUCACGUCAAACAAACUUUAAUUAGUGUCCUAAGAACCCAAUAUAGUUUAGCAAGUAUACAUUAAAGGAUAUUAAUUCAACAAUUUUUUUUAAAAAAAAAUAUACAUGGGUCUAUGGGAUCUGGGUCUGAAAUUCUUAGACCGGACUCAGGCCCACCUCAUUGAACAUAGACUUAGAUCUCCCUUGAGUCUAUUGAAUCUAAUAUUUUUACACCCAAACCCUUAAAAGUGAUUUAGUUUCAACCGGAUCUAGAUCAGGUCUUGGACCCAUUAUCAUCCCUACCUAUCAAGCCUCUACCAAAGCCCCUAAAAACUAGUCAAUAUUGCUAAUUUAGGCCUUCAACUUCCCUAUACAUGGGGUAGGUUUGACCUCCUAGCUGAAAAUUUUCGUAAUGUAAUUUUAGUUCCGGCUUUCUUACAAUUUAAGUUUAAGUGUAUAUAUCUUAUAUUUCAUUGCUUAAAUUUCGUUUACCAAUCCCCUAAAUAAAUUGUUCAACAUCCGCCUCUGCUGGUUCCUGCCGAAGACCACGAGUGGGUUUCAGAGUGCUACGUAUGUUGCUAUUGAUGUCAAUAAUAAUUAAUUAGUUUGGUGCUUCUACUCUAGAAGUGCACUACCCGCGUCUUCAAUGUUGAAGUUAACAAUUAAUCUUCCACCACGCAUGACGCAUCCAUCCAUUAGAAAAUCUAUUAGAAAAUCUUGAUAGUGCACUUCGCCACUAUCAAUGCUGUUGUAGUUGUAAGAUUCAUUCUCCGCCUUUUGGUACAAUCCGUAACACUAAGGACAUGUUUGAAUUGAAAAUAAUAUAUUAACGUAUAAUAAAGUCAAAAUAUUAAAAAAAAAAAAAAAAAAAAAAAAGAAUAAAUAACUAAAUAAAUAAAAGGUAAUUGAAGGUGAUGACGAGAGAAUAAAAUGGUGGCAAAGAGAAUAAACUAGUGAUAGUAAGAAAAAAAAACCAAAAGGAAAUGGACUCUACCGCAUCAAUCAAUAAGGAGAAAACACCAAUCAAUCGACUUACAAAGCCUUUUCAAUUCCCUUAGCUCUAGCGUAAUCUCUAGAAUUAGUAGCCUGGAUUAUAGUAGUUGUAUGUAUUUAGCUUGGAUUACACUAAUUUUUAGCCUGGAUAAUAUGUGAGAUGAGACUAAUUAUCCCUUUUAAAAAACAGAUAAGUAGAAUCAUUGACGGAGACGAGGGCAAGUGGAGGGUUGUCGCCUCUCCAAUUAUUUAAAAAAAAAAAAACUGAUACUACAUUCGUUUCAAAAUCACCUUUAAUUACACUUUCCGUUUUAGUCUGUUUCACAAUGUUCUUUACAUUGUGAUUUAUGGACAUGAAUUUUAAUGUCUACCCUUCCUACCCCCCACAAUAUUUAACAAUUUCAAUCUAUUUCUCUUACUUUAUUCAUUGUUUUCCUUACACUCGUCCAUUAUUUUACAAAUAUCUUUAACUUUAUCCGUAGUUUAUUAUAGUCACCCACAUUUUUACACACACUUUCAUUUUUGUCUUAAUAUUUGUGUUGUAAUUAUAUCAUUUUAAAACAGAGACAAUAUAUAGAAAUAAAUACAUAAAUACACAACUAAUACUCUUUAUUUCAGUAGUUAUUUCUAGUUUAAAAGUAAUGUGAACUCUUCGUUCUAAGGGGUUCAAAUACUUUGCACUGCAAUAUAACGUCCAAAAUCAAUGAAAUUCCUUAUGAGGUACUUCAUGCAAAAGUGAUGUUAGUUGUCGGCCAAUACCAACUUUACACAUUAGCUUCUUCAUACUUGUAACAAUAAUUGUAAGAUAGCUUUGUCACUUUGUGAUUAUCAACCACAAAACCAGUUCCAUUAAGCCAUUAUGGUGAUCGAGAAUAUUGCUUGUUUUCACAUACUAUAAUUUUGCGAGCUGAGAGUGAUUCAUCAUAACCCCCACACAACAUAUCGCAUAAUAUUUGACCUCUAACAAAUCAAGAGACCUGUAACAAGGAGGUCCAUUAGUAUGAAAUUUUGCGUGUUAGGUCAUGAUUUUGUUGUCGUCCUUAUAUAAGUACAUUGGUUGCAUUAAUCGAUAAUUAACCCAAUUGAAGGUGAACAUGGAUCGCCGCCGUACAUCUAGUGAUCAAGUUAUUAUUAACUUGCCUGAGGUCACGCUUCAAUCCAACCCGUCCUUACCCAACAAUUACUCCAACGCCAACACCAUCAAUGUUGAGUUACAAGGUGAUCAGUUAAAGAAGCACCCACACUCAAUCAAUAGUCUUAGAAGGAGAGCCACCAUACGUCGUCUUAGCUUCUCUAAACCUCAAUCUCGUAACACUGAGUUCAACUAUACUCAUCCCAAAAAAAAUGUCACUAAAGAGUUUAGUGAGAGAGAUAAGACAGGUACCGCUGUUUGGGAUGAAGAGAUAAAUAACAACAUUUUUAAUGGUGUUGAUCGUAGUAGUACAGACUCCUCCUCUGAUUCUUCGUCAGAGGAGGAGGAUGAAGGAGAAGAGGAAGAAAAGAUUGAGGGUCAACAAUAUAACAAAAUCAACAAAAAGAAAAGGAAGAUCCAUUGGAAGAGAGUGGUAGAGUUGUCAAUAUUCUUUGUUAUAUUGACUUGUUCGAUCCUUUCCAUCACUAUGCACACCCUUCGUAACCACCAUGUGAAGGGCCUAUUUCCGUGGUGGUGGUGCUUUUUGGCGAUGGUGGUGUUUAGCGGCCGCCUUUGCUCCGGGUGGCUAGUGAGUUUGUUGGUGUUUUUGAUAGAGAGGAACUUCAUGUUAAGGGAGAAAGUGUUGUACUUUGUGUAUGGGUUAAGGAAGAGCAUACAAAGUUGUAUAUGGUUAGCACUAGUGUUAUUCGCAUGGACUUGUAUGUUCGAUGCUAAAGUGCACCAUAAUAAUAAGGAGGUGAAGAGGGUGUCUCGAUUGCUAGUAGCCAUUCUAGUCGGGGCGAUCAUAUGGUUGGUCAAGAUUGCGAUGGUCAAGAGCCUCGCUUCCUCUUUUCAUGUGAGGACUUACUUUGAUCGUAUGAAGGAAAGUGUCUUUCACCACUGCAUACUUGACAGGCUUUCAGGUCCGCCCUUUAGUGAACUAGUCCAUGAAGAGCAUAAACCAAUCAUAGGAGCAAAAUCUUUGCCUACAAAAUGGAAACAUGCUAAGAACGCAAUUAGAUCAAAGAAAUAUGGAGCAAAGAGUUUAAGCAUGGAGAAGCUCAAUGAGCUAAAUAUGGAAACUCCGGGUUCAAUUUGGAGUUUGAAGAGGUUGAUGAAGCACAUUAGAUCUUCUGGUUUGUCCCCACUUUCGAAGAAUGUUUAUGAAUUUGGAACAGCUGAAGCUGAGAUUACAAGUGAGUGGCAAGCUAGAAGUACUGCCAAACGCAUCUUCAAGAACGUAGCAAAAUGUGGUGCCAAGUAUAUUGAGGAGGAGGAUCUAUCAAGGUUCUUGAAGAGGAACGAAAUUCAUGAAAUAUUCCCUCUUUUCGAAGGAGCAUUAGAGACCGGAAGAAUCACCAGAUCCUCUUUUAGAAAUUGGGUGGUAAGGACUUAUUUCGAAAGAAAGGCUCUAGCACAUUCUCUAAACGAUACUAAAUCAGCAGUGAAACAACUUCACAAGAUAGCUUCAGCAAUUGUCAGUGUGAUAAUCUUUGUGGUGUUUCUUUUGCUGAUGGGAUUAGCAUCAACGAAAGUAGUCGCGUUUGUCAUCACACAGAUGAUAGUGCUAGGAGUCAUCUUUAACAACAGUUGCAAAAUCAUUUUCGACUGUAUAAUGUUUGUCUUUGUCAUGCACCCUUUUGAUAUUGGAGAUCGUUGUAAAGUUGAUGGUGUUCAGAUGAUUGUAGAAGAGAUGAAUAUACUAACAACAGUUUUUCUGAGGUAUGACAUGGAGAAGAUAUACUAUCCGAAUUCAGCUUUAUUAACAAAGGCAAUAAGUAAUUUUUACAGAAGUCCAGACAUGUGGGAUACAAUUCCUAUCACCAUAGAUAUGUCCACUCCGCUUGUAACUAUAAACGCGCUUAAGAAGGCGACACAAAGCUAUAUUGAUAGCAAGCCAAAUCAUUGGAACUCAAAACAUAGUUUCGUAGUCACUGAGAUUGAAGACCUCAACAAGAUGAAGAUGAGAUUAUCAGUGCAACAUACCAUCAACCACCAAAACAUUAUUGAACGCAACGUUCGAUUAGGUGAUCUCAUUUUGGAUUUGAAGAAAAAUUUGGAGACCCUUGGUAUCAAAUAUCAUCUUCUUCCACAAGAGGUUCACCUUACCCAUCUCAACAUCGACAAUCCGUCCCCAACACUAGGGACGAACAAAAGUAUUUGAACAUUUGAAUUUCCCAUCCUUGCCUGACCCGAAAAUAUCAUUUUUUACAUUUUCGUAUCAGAUAUCCGACCCAUGCUCAGCCCUACCAUCUUGAUAUCCAAUAGUGUUUUGUAAAUGUGUUACUCUCUCACGAAUAAAUCUUGAAUAGGUAUGUGUCCAAAUAUAACACGUGGCUAUUCAAGAAAAUUCUCUAUGUUUUACAGCCCAAAAUAGUGUCAAAGUGUCCAAGAUCAUCCAAUGUAGACAGGUACUUGAGUGAAAUGAAGAGACAGAAUUUCAAACUA